AACUGCGGCGCCAUGUUUUCCUGCAGCGUCGUCACGGUAACGGCCCAUCAAGAUGUCUCCUCAGAAACGUGCAGAGACGCGUCUGCUGCCGGGACGCAGAGGAGCCAUGAAGACGAAGAAAUGUCUCCAUCUGUCUCUUCUGGUGAUGUUGGUCUGCGUCGUUCCACCGACUCCUUCCACGCUCAGCUCCUCGUCCCUCAGAGACUUUCUGGUCUCGUCUCCUCAGGAUGCUGACGGCGCCUCCAGCCAGAGACGGAGAGCAGCUCCUCUCUGCAGCCAUGGCUUCAGGUUUCACUUCCAGCCUCAGACUCAGGAGAUUUCCAGGUCCGGGGAGAUUUUCCACGCUGCCCUGCAGAUCCUGAAAAACGCAGCAAAGCAGAAAUACAACAGGAACUUCACAGCAUCAGAGCUUUUGUCACAGGAAAACCUGGAGCUGCUUGCAGAGCUGUCUCAGUGUCCGACUGAAACGGAUCCAGCUGUCUGUGAAGGAAGUCAUCAUGACAAAUACCGCAGCAUCUCAGGAGUCUGCAACAACAGACAGAAUCCUGACUGGGGCGCCGCCAACACGGCCUUGGUCCGAUGGCUUCCAGCUGAAUAUGAGGACGGAGAGGAGGAACCCAGAGGCUGGGACCCCCAGCGGCUCCAUCACGGAUCCCAGCUUCCCCCGCCGCGGCGUGUCAGCAGGGAGGUGGUGAGGACUUCCUGUAAGGACGCAGACGCUGCGUACUCCCAGCUGCUGGCGGACUGGGGUCAGUACAUCGACCACGAUGUGACCCUGACGCCGCAGAGCCUCAGCGGAGCCGCUUCCUGGACGCAGCGGGACUGCCGCACAUCGUGUGAAAACCUGCAUCCCUGCUUCCCCAUCCAGACCCAGGACUCCCUCUGCAUGCCGUUCCAGCGCUCCACGCCGGCCUGCUGCUCCAGGUCCGGCUCCGGCAUGCAGCGGCAGCAGCUGAACGCCGUCUCGUCCUUCAUCGACGCCUCUCUGGUGUACGGCCACACGCCGCCGCUGCAGAGCGACCUCCGCGACCUCUCCGGCCGCAGCGGGAAGCUGGCUGUAAACGGCCGCUUCCAGGACCGGCAGGGCAGACCUUACCUGCCCUUCGUAGCGGAGACGCCGUCGGCGUGCGGCGCGGCAGGGCGUGGCCGAGGGAUAGAGUGUUUCCGGGCCGGAGAGGGCCGGGUCAACGAGGGCCUGCCUCUGAUCGUUCUGCAUACGCUGUGGCUCCGGGAACACAACCGCCUCGCAGACACCCUGAAGCUCAUCAACCAGCACUGGAGCCCUGAGGCCGUGUUCCAGGAGGCACGCAAGAUCGUUGGCGCCCUGCACCAGAUAAUAACGAUGAGAGAUUAUAUCCCUAAAGUAAUUGGUGCGGAGUCGUUUGAACGGCACAUCGGGCCCUAUGGCGGGUACGAUCCGACAGUGGACAGCUCGGCCUCCAACGUGUUCGCCACGGCGGCCUUCAGGUUCGGCCACGCCACCAUUCCUCCGAUCCUCAGCAGGCUGAACGAGAGCUUCCAGGAAGACCGGCGCUUCCCCCGCCUGAGACUUCAGCAGGCACUCUUCAGUCCCUGGAGGAUCGUUAAAGAAGGUGGCAUCGAGCCGACCUUGCGGGGCAUGGUUGCCACGGCGGCGGCGGUGGCAGCUCCGGACUCCCUCCUGGUGGAGGAGGUAACGGAGUCACUGCUGGUUCUGGACUCCCAGCAGAACCUGGAUCUGGCUGCCCUGAACCUGCAGAGGGGGCGGGACCACGGACUGCCGGGAUACAACGACUGGAGGGAUUUCUGUGGACUGAAGCGCAUCGCGACGUUGGACGACCUGGCAGAAGUCGUGAGAGAUCGCAGAGUCGCUGAGAAGAUUCUUCAUUUAUACCAACAUCCCGACAACAUCGACGUUUGGCUGGGAGGACUGGUGGAAAACUUCCUGGCCGGCUCCAGAACCGGCCCGCUGUUCGCCUGCCUGAUCGGAAAGCAAAUGAAGCUUCUGCGAGAUGGAGAUCGGUUUUGGUGGGAAGCGGACGGCGUGUUCACCCAGCAGCAGCGGGAGCAGCUGUGGAAAACUUCUCUGUCUCGGAUCAUUUGUGAGAACUCGGACAUCCAGGAGAUUCCUGCGGAUCCCUUCAGGUUGGCUCGCUACCCGGACGGCUUCCUUCCCUGCAGCGCCGUCCCAGCCCUGAGCCUGGAGGCCUGGAGAGACGAGCCGAGUCUCGGCCUGCGACUGUGUGGCUCUCCACGGCCCGUAGACAACGGAGAUUUCCUGUUUUCCUCCAGAUCUGGAAAGCUGACGGCUCUGUACGCCUGUUUCCAUGGUUUCCAGCUAGAGGGCGCCGCUGAGGCGGUGUGUGAAGGAGGCGUGUGGAGCGCUGACCCACCUUGCUGCUCAGAAACGCGGCUCGUCGCUCGCGAUGCUGCAGAUCCACAGACGUUUCUGGACUCGAACCAAACCAAUAAAACCUGAUUAUCUUGAAGUUUUCUGCAUCUGCGAGAUUCUUCUCAGAUUUGAUCAUUUGGUUUAAUUUCUCUAAUAAAUAAUCUUGGCAUCUU